AUGUUAGGAGACUUAAAGAUACCAGCCAGGUCUUUUUCUCCAACAAGUGAGGUGCUAAGUCCUGUUGAUUGACUAGAGACCAUCCAUUCUGCUGUUUGCUUAUUCCCUGGACUCCUGCUCAUCUCUAACAUGGUUGAUGUUUGGAUCUCUGCUGGCUGCGGGAAGAUUGGUCUGUUAAUGACAUCGAUGGUGUUGAGUCUACCUGCUUCUUGGGCCAGGGACAUCCCAGAGGAUUUCGUGUAUCAGUUCAAGGGAGAGUGUUACUUCACCAACAGCACGGAGCGGGUGCGGCUUGUGGCCAGACGCUUCUACAAUGACCAGGAAAUUGUCCGCUUCGACAGCGACGUGGGGGAGUUCGUGGCUCUGACGGAGCUGGGGCGGCCCGAUGCUAAGUACUGGAACAGUCAGGAGGAAAUCCUGGAGGAAUAUCGAGCUUACGUGGACACGGUGUGCAGACACAACUACGAGAUAGAGAAGCCCUUCGCGGUGGACAGAAGAGUCCAGCCCAGAGUGACCAUCUCCCCCUCCAAGACAGAGGCCCUGCAGCACCUGCUGGUGUGCUCUGUCACUGGCUUCUAUCCAAGCAAGAUCAAGGUCACCUGGCUCAAGAAUGGGCAGGAGGAGACAGCUGGGGUUGUGUCCACGGGUGUGAUACAACAUGGAGACUGGACCUACCAGAUCCUAGUCAUGUUGGAAAUGAUUCCCCAGAGCAGAGACAUCUACACCUGCAGUGUGGAGCAUGCCAGCCUGCAGAGCCCCAUCAGUGUGGAAUGGAGAGCACAGUCUGACUCUGCCCAGAGCAAAUUGCUGAGUGGAAUUGGAGGCUUUGUCCUGGGGCUGAUCUUCCUAGGUGUAGGACUUUUCAUCCACCUCAAGAACCAGAAAGGACGCACUGGGCCUCAGCCUACAGGCCUGCUGAGGUGACCUUUGGAUUGCAUCCUUCCAAGACAGUGCCUUCCAUCCCUGCUUUCCUGGCCAGGAUCCCUAGUCAUCCAGGAGGGAGGAGCAGCUGAGUCAUUGUCCUGGAGCCAGCUUUCUCCUGUGCCUGGAGGCCAUUUGCCAUCCUCCAUCUCCCAACAGACCCUGUAGUUUCCCCCUUCUGUUCUGGAUGUUAUCUACCCUCUCUUGGUUCAGGGCCUCAGGGAGAAGGAAGUCUGCUUCUGCUGUUCCCAUACAGACUCCUUCUUUGUUACACUGCUACCCUUUCUGCAUUAAUCCCAGUCUUUUCUCUGUAUUCUUCCUAAAUAAAUAAUGUGUCAUCUGUAUCAUUCAUUGUGCCCCUGGGACUGCUGGAGGAGUCAUAUUUUAAAAAAAUAAGGAGGAGGGGCUAGGAAGGGGCCCUGCUCUGUGCAAGGGGAAGGAAAGAGGCAUCUGACAAAAGGAGCCUGAGACUGAGACCUGGUCUACCUCAAGUGUUAUAAGCUGCAGCUGCCCAUGUUUUGGCCCUCCUAUCCUACGUGGUUGCAAGCCUAGUACUUUGUAUACAGUCAGUGCUUAAGAAUUCUUAGUUGAAUGAAAGGAUUUUGUGAGAAAGGAGCCCCUUAUUAUGUCUGUCCAUAUUCCCCUUGUUAUUCUGUGGAAUUGAGAGGAUGCCAUAAAUGGGGAGAGCUUAGUGGGAGGGCUGAGUAAACCCAAGUUAAUCUACAAUGUUUCUUUCUCCUGAGGGUUGUUCACCAUCCCCGUUUCAGUCUCUGUUUGCAGGUCCAGGUUUCCAGACUCCUCAUGUAUUCUAGUACUGAAAGGAUUUCAUGUGUAAAACCAAUGAGUCACCUCUCUCUGACCAGUUAGCUCAAUUUCUGUCUUUUUCCUCCCUACUUAGUUCUCCUUUCUCUCAGCUGAGGCUUUUUGCCCUACUGACAGAAUUAGUUCAAACCCAGUCAACA